AUGAGAAGAACUUCAGAGUAGCGCUCAAAGACCAAUCAAUCAUUUCAUCCUGUACAGUAAACAUUUGGAAAUCAAGAUUCAGAUGAUGAGCUAAGCAUAACUUGCUUGUCAAAGGAUAAAUCAAAGACAUAUAAUCAAACAGUAAAGUAGAAUUGUAGGUCUAGACUUGAUAAUCUCAAAUUAAAGGCUACUGUUCCAACUAAACGUGCAGCAAUCACGAAGAUCAUGCUAGAUGAAGAAGACACGUCAAAUCAAUAGCCUCUUACAACAAAUGAGGAGUGUGAUGAGCAUGAGCUCCAAAAAUAUUAAACAGAGGUUGGUGCUGGUAUUUGUACUACACCUAUAACAGAAACAUUUAUUGGUGAUACCUGUUCAGAUACACAGUCUUAGUAUCCAAGUUUACUUGAGUUGCAAAAGAACAAUCCCUUCAUUAAUAAAAGACUUUCAAUUAUUAAAAAGACUUAUAAACUUUAAGGCUCACUAAGUCCUUCAGAUAUCACCAGCAGUAUAAGUAAUAAAGGUUAAUUGAAUCUAACCUCAGCUAAUCUCUCUAGUAUGAAUUCAAAUAGUCAAACAGCCAUUGUUUCCAGGAAAAAGAAUGGUGAAUCUUAGUAAAGAUUUAAUAUGGCUGAAGAGACCUAGAAAGUAAUCAGAGCUACCUAAUAGAAGUUAAAUAGAAAUAGAAACUCUGUUGGAGCGAAACCAGCACAAAGUAAUAAUCCAUUAAAUAAUACUACAACAACACAUACCAGUGAAAUUUCAUAAGUUCGCAACACUUAUAAUAAAUUGGCGAGAGACUAUGCCUGUCUCUAAGCUAUGUAUGAUAGAGCUGAUCUGAAGCUUAAGGACUGUUAUCUAAAGCUCAACAAUACCAUAUAGAUAAAUUGCAGUCUUUAGCAAGAGCUAAGAACUAAAAAUGUGACUAUAGAUAAUUUAAUGAAAUCAAAAACCUAGGCUGAGGACAAGGUUAAAGAGCUCAAGGAGGAAAAUACCAAACUCCAGAGAUUCAUGAUAUAAGGCUCAAAGGGUUCUGUCUUGGCUGAGCAAAACAAAGAUCUUAGAGAAAAGUUAAAAGUACUUGAGCAGGAAAGAGAUAAACUUGAGAACUUUUAUAAUCAUGCCUAGUAUGAAAAGAAGACUAAAGAUGACAACAUUAAAGUACUUCAAAAUGCUAUAGAAAUGAGAGUAGAUACAAUAUGCAACAAGAUGGGGUAUACAGAGACAGAUAAAAGCUUUGAUGAAACACCUGGAGGAGUAUAUGUUGAACUUAUGAAGGCUAAAAACGAACUGGAAUGUGAAAGAAAGCUCAGGUAAAAGCUUGCUACUAGAGUGCUAGAUUUAGAAAAAUAGUUAAUUAAAGAAAAAUCAAGAGUAGAUGAUUAUAAAUUCAUAAGAGAAAAUGAUAAUCAAGAGAUCAUUAGACUUGAGCAGGAAGUUUAGCAAUUUAACCAAACUCUCAUAAGAUUGGAGAAAGAAAAAUAGGACUUGAGAUAAGAAAUAAGUGAUCUAUAAUUGUAAAUAAAGCAUUAUCUUCCACAAUCCACAAUCAGACACGAAAGAUAAAAAUCUUAAACUACUACUCCAAAGUAAGAACUAAAAUCGAUUAAUUUAAGUUAACAAAACCAGCCAGCUCCAUCAACUGCAACUCCCUGUCAUUAUCAGGUUGAUUUGAUAAAAGAAAAGGAUAAGGAAAUUCAAAUUUUGAAUAGAGAAAAGCAGACCAUAGAUGAUAACUAUAGAGAGCAAAUGCAAAUGAUGCAAGAAGCAAUUAUGGAAUUGAAGCAAAACUAUGAUGCUCUGAAAGUUAAAGUAGACUGCAAAAAGACACUUACUAUUCCUACAAUCCUUUCUAAUGAUGCUGAUGAUAGGUCGAAUACUAAUUAAAGAACUUCUUAAUUUAAUGUUACUAUGCUACAUAGUGAGGAGUCUUAAAAGUCUCUGAUUGAACUCAAGCCAAUGUUCAAUGAACUUAAGAAUGAAAAUACUAUCAGUUUUAAUCUUCUUGUUAAUAACCAAUAGUCUUAUACUAAUUUAAACGCUGAUCCAAAUGUCUAUGAGAAAUCGUAGCCAAUAUUAAAUAAAGAAUGCCCUGUUUCUAAUAAAUCGAAUGUAUCUAUGAACAAACCAUAAGGAGCACUAAGAGAGCUCUAGGUUUUGGAAUUUAAUUAGAGUGAGAAAGUACUACCUCAGUAUUAGCUUUAUCAUCAGAAACCUCAAUAAUCAAUAAUUAUUGAUCUGGAUGAAGAAGACAAAGAGAACUAAAGUCGAUCAGAUUUGAAUACAUUGGAAAAUAACUUAUUCAAUGAUAAUUCAAAGACACUUUCAUUAAGUAGUUUGAUGUGA